AAGUGGGUUGAAGCAAGAACAUUCCCUAAAAAGACAGCAGCCAAUGUGAAGGAGGCCUUGAGGGACAUUUUCUUUACUCAUGGUUUGCCUGAAGUUAUCCUCACUGACCAGGGCACUGAAUUCAAGAAAGAGAGUUAUGGAGGUUCUUCCAAACAAUAUGGUUAGGCUGGAGACCCUGGAUGGAAAGCCCAAGCAUAUGAUGACUCCGUAUGCAUCACUGAAACCUCUGCGCCCGAGGACUCACCCUGGCUGGCCAAAGGAUUCCCCUUCAGCCCCUGUUCUUCCAGGAGAUGCUGAAAUGCUGACUUCAUCAUCGGAGGAGGAAACUGAGUGUCAUUGUUUCACGGACCAUACAUAUGCUGGCCCCACAUCACCCUGGAAAAAGGAGCUGCACCCCGACCAGAAACAACUGCUCGAGUAUGUUUUGGCCUGCGAUCGUCCAGCUAUGGAACUGAUCGUUAAAGAGGGAGGGGUGUGUUUAACCCGAGAAGAGUUUUGGUCUCUCGGGUUGUCCAGAGACAUGGACUCCACGAUUGGAAAUGCUUGCCUCCAGCUGGUUCAGGAAGCUGCUCAGAGACAUGGCAAAGAUGUCUUCAUUGCCAACAUGUAUAUUGUACCAACGUGGAAGCACAAAGACGUCGAUCCAAUGUCAAGCCUUCCAAGGGAUGCACAUCUAAAGGAUGCACUCCUCUUCCCAGCGUGGAGCAAGCACAACGGGCCAGAGCAUUACCUUCUCUGUUCUAGUGUUGAAAAGAAAAAUACUGGAGAUAUCUUAUAAUUCUUGUGCAAUUACAUUAUUUAUGCCUCUUUCUGCAUUGACCAUUAUAGGUGUUGAGGCC